AUGAAUAAAAAAAUAAUUAAAACAAUAGAACUUAUAAAAAAGUCAUACGCGCAACCAAUUAUUUUUAAUACACUAAUAAAUAAUUUGAGUUAUCUAAUGGAUACUUGUAAACCAUUAUACGAGAUAAAAGAUGAUUGGUCAAAAAUUUUGAUAUACUGUGUAACACCCAAUCGUAUCCCCAACCAAGGACUUGAUUCAAAAAUUCUUAAUUUAUUAAAGAAAAUGAGAAAUGAAAAACUUGAAGAUGAGUCAAAUUUAAAAUUAUUAAUUAUUUUGUAUUAUAUGAAAAAUAGAAAUCUUAAAUAUUUAAAUCAUUUAAUUGUUUUUGAACUAAUAAGUAAUUACAUGGGAAUUAAUGAUUUUUAUGAUGGAUUGAUUUUAUCAAUAUUUUGUUCAGCAAUUAAUGCAAAUUUGUAUGGUUUUGAACAAAAUAAAAAAUACAGAGAUGAUACCAUUUGUCAUCUUUUGAAUACUAUAAAAAAUUAUAAUUUGAGUUCUUUAAAUAUUUAUAUUGCUCUUCCACUUUUUAUACAGUAUGAUGUUCCAUAUGCUAUUAAUGAUUUAGAUAUUCAAAAUGACUUUGCAACAUUUUGUAAGUUAGAAGCAUUAUGUUUCUAUGCAAAAUAUUCAAAGGAUGAGACUAAAUUAAAAGAGUUAAUGCCUAAAGACGACAUUUUUAUAAAAGCUUUUUCUGAGUAUAUAAAUAAGAUAUUUGUGAUUCAACAAGAACAUUUUAAAUGUAAUUUGCGACUGGAAGAUAGAAGUAUUUUUUAUAAAAUUGAGGAUGCUUAUUCCAAGUCUAUAGAUCGACAAAAGUUUAAAAAUGAUUUAUUAGAAUUUAUCACUAACCUUUAG